AACACACUUGGGUUUCAGAAAAGAAAAAAAAAAAGAGGUUUUCUUUUCGUGUGUGUCAAUUUUCUGCUCUUCCUUUUCUCGUGCUUCCCUCACGAGAUCUCUCACAAGAGACUCGCGACUAAAAAAGUUAAAAGAAAAAGAAAGAAGAAGCGUAGAUUCCAUAAAUGGACAUGAUAAGCAACAACCACCAGCAACAACAGCAGCAAGUACUUGAUGGGUCGGACAUAGUAGAGCUGGUCGAAAACGAGAAAGUGUUCGACAAAUUUGUGGAACAAAAGUUUCAACAGUUAGAUCAAGACGAAGAUGGUAAGCUCUCCGUGACGGAGUUACAGCCCGCCGUUGCUGAUAUCGGCGCCGCCCUUGGUUUGCCUGCUCAGGGCACUUCCGCUGAUUCCGAUCAUAUCUACUCCGAGGUCUUAAACGAAUUCACUCAUGGAAGCCAAUCGAAAGUGAGCAAGACAGAGUUCAAAGAAGUGUUGUCAGAUAUUUUGUUGGGUAUGGCUGCUGGUCUGAAACGCGAUCCCAUCGUUAUCCUCAGGAUGGACGGUGAGGAUCUGUCGGAGUUUAUCCACAGACCUGGAUACGAAUCUGAGAUGGUAUCCGUCUACUUCUCGGACCUCUCCAGUAGCGAGGAAGCAACAUCAUCGCUCCGUGAUUGUAUCGUCAAAGCUCUCCAGUCUCUAUCUGUUGAUCAUGGAAUGCCUCCUUCCAGCGAUCCAUGGGUAAUGAACAACAUCGUAGAACCAAUCGUUGAUUCUUGUCUUGUUGAAGAAGAUAAGAGAGAGAAGAGCUUGUCUCAGGAGAGAUUCUUGGAAGCAUUCAAGAGUGUCGUGGAAAGAGUGGCUCAACGUCUUAAUGAACAGCCCGUGAUCGUCGCUCACAGCGAAAACACUUUCGAUGGGAGCGGUAUCAGGAGGCUCCUGUCCAAUAAAUUCGAAUUCGAUAAGGCGUUAAACGUUGCAUUGGAGAUAAUUCCAAAAGACCGUCACGGUAAGGUGUCUAAAGAGUAUCUACGAGCUGUGCUCGACACUGUUGCGCCAUCGGCGACUUUACCACCAAUAGGUGCAGUGUCCCAGAUGGAUGAUAUAAUAAAGGAAGCGUUGAAUAUGGUGAAUGGGGAUGAUGGAAAGAUGGUGAAGGAAGAAGAGUUUAAGAAAACAAUGGCGGAGAUAUUGGGAAGUAUAAUGUUGCAGCUUGAGGGUAAUCCGAUAUCGGUCUCGUGUAACUCGGUGGUUCACGAGCCGCUCACCUCCGACACCUUUCUGCCGCUGCCUCUGCCUGAAACAGAGGAGCGUUCUGAUUAAUUCUAGUCGCUUAAAUGGUGGGGAGAAACAGCAACAAAAAAAAAAAAAAAAAAGCUAUGGUUUUGGAGUUUUUACCCUCAUGAUCCCCCUCCCCAAAUUAAGUUUUAGAUAUUUGAGGAAACCCAUCUUACUUUUGAAUGUAUAAGAAAAGCCCUCUUCAUUUCUUUUGGAUAUGAUUUAAUAAAAAGAAAUGGGGUUUCUCUCUUUAUACUGAACCGUUUCAAAGUUUGUGGUUUCCUCGUAUGGGAGAGUGGUGAUUAUGCUAUCAUGUCUUCUUCUUUUUUUUCAUCAUGGGGAUGCAAUGUUUUUUCUGUUUUAUUUUGUUUUAAAUCAUGUAUGUUAAUUACUUUUAAACGAAAUUAAAUGCACGCCAAUAAUCUUUUCACUCACGA